CUUCUACGACAUUCCGCUUCCUCUUCGCGCUGCUGGUUCCGCCCCGGGCCGAGCACAGAGAAGCAGGCGGAGAGCUCUCGGGGGACGGAAAGACGAACUAAAGAGUGGCGAGAAAGUUUUAUUUUUCCCUUCUCACAGCCUCCACCAGGAAAAGUCUGUUUAAAAUAUCAGCGUCAAAAUCUGGAGCUUUUUAAACGGAGCCGGAAAAAAGCAGCAGAAACGGGGCGGAGUCUCGUGAGUUUGGCCGGAGGACGGUUGAUACUUUGCGGUUGACAACCGGUGUUCGUGUGUGUAAAUGUGUGACAGCGGCGUGUGUGAGGACAAGCCCCCCGCCCCCCCUGUCAGGAUGAGCAGCCAAGGAGGAGGAGCCAAGGACCCCCAGUCGGCCAAUCACAGCUCUCGGCCACUGCCGUCUGUGCCGGAGGAGAGGAAGUCCAGAAACAAGAUCAUCUCCAUGUUUGCCUCCGAGAAAGGAGGCAGGAAGAAGGACCGGGACAAGGACAGACCUGAGAUAUCCUCGCCAUCCGACUUUGAACACACCAUCCAUGUGGGUUUUGAUGCCGUCACUGGAGAGUUCACUGGCAUGCCGGAGCAGUGGGCCCGUCUCCUUCAAACCUCUAACAUCAGUAAAUCGGAGCAGAAACAGAAUCCUCAGGCCGUCCUCGACAUCCUCAAGUUCUAUGACUCCACCAGUGGAAAACAGAAAUACCUCAGUUUUUCCGCCUCGGACAAAGACUCACAGUCGGGCAAGCAGGGUACGGUGACCUCCCAGUCAGGUGGCAAGGACGGUGACGAUGACGACGAUGACGAUACACCACCUCCGGUUGUUGCCCCGCGACCAGAACACACAAAAUCUGUGUACACAAGGUCAGUGAUAGAUCCGAUCCCAGCUCCAGAGGGAGACGCAGCCUCUAAAGCCGCGGACAGGCAGAAGAAGAAGGGCGGCAAAAUGACUGAUGAGGAAAUCAUGGAGAAACUAAGAACUAUUGUCAGUAUUGGAGAUCCUAAGAAGAAAUACACUCGCUACGAGAAGAUCGGCCAGGGAGCGUCUGGCACAGUUUACACAGCCAUAGAUGUUGCCACGGGACAAGAGGUUGCCAUCAAACAGAUCAACUUGCAAAAGCAGCCAAAGAAAGAGCUGAUCAUCAACGAGAUCCUGGUCAUGAAGGAGAUGAAAAACCCCAACAUUGUCAAUUUCGUAGAUAGUUUCCUUGUAGGAGAUGAGCUUUUUGUGGUGAUGGAGUACCUGGCCGGUGGCUCGCUGACUGACGUUGUGACGGAGACGUGCAUGGACGAGGCUCAGAUUGCCGCCGUCUGCAGAGAGGUCCUUCAGGCUCUGGAGUUCCUUCACGCCAACCAGGUCAUCCACAGAGACAUCAAGAGUGACAACGUGCUGCUGGGGAUGGACGGAUCAGUCAAACUCACUGACUUCGGCUUCUGCGCCCAGAUCACUCCGGAGCAGAGCAAGCGCAGCACCAUGGUGGGGACCCCGUACUGGAUGGCUCCAGAGGUGGUGACCAGGAAGGCCUACGGGCCCAAAGUGGACAUUUGGUCGUUGGGGAUUAUGGCCAUAGAGAUGGUGGAGGGAGAGCCUCCAUAUCUCAACGAGAACCCUCUCAGGGCGUUGUAUUUAAUCGCCACCAACGGGACCCCUGAGCUGCAGAGUCCAGAGAAGCUGUCUCCUGUGUUCAGAUCCUUCCUGUCCCGCUGUCUAGAGAUGGACGUGGAGAAACGAGGCUCGGGCAGAGAACUGCUGCAGCAUCCAUUCCUGAAGCUGGCCAAGCCUCUGUCCAGCCUCACCCCGCUCAUCCUGGCGGCCAAGGAGGCCAUGAGGAGCAACCGCUAGACCCUAAGUCUCUAAAAGACACUUAAGACCUUAACACCAGUGACAUCCAAACUGGGCCAGCGUCUUCUGCUGGUCCACGUAUGAUGAUCAUCAUCAAGUGCGUCUCCACUCUUACCAGUGUUUCUGUACCGAAGCCAUAUUUAUGUUACCGUAGUGCCUCGAGCUACACACAGCCACGCCUUGUUACCUAUUUGUUGCAGCCGUACCAUGUGUGUGGACACUGGUUAUAGGUUAUAAUGCAUAUCAGGAAUGCAGGGUUAUUGUUGCAAAGGUUCAAGACUCUUUUUGGCCACACUCACAAAUGAUCUUAUCUCGCCACUGCGAGUCAUCCUUGCGAGCUAGAGUUUCCUCUCAAGCCAUGAGAGCUGCUUUUACUGAGGGAAUGAGGAACUCUUUUAGAGGAAGAGGGGGCUGUUGCCAUGGAUGACAUCAGUGCUGUGUUCCAGUUCCAUACUACAUACAGUGUGGUGUUUGUUCAUACUGAAGAAGUGCCAAAAUAAACAAUCAAACAGUCAGUAUGCUGAUAGUUGAUGAACGUGAGUCACAUGCAAUGCACAAAAGCAAUUAAGGAGCUGCAUGAACAGCUUCAGCAACACCCUAAAAAAAUAGGAAACAACUAUAAAUUGUUCCCCCUUUCUGUGAAGUUUCAUUGGAGGUAAUUAUUAUUGUUGUCUGACGCACACCAUAGUUUAUAGAUCAUAACUACAAAAAUGGUACAAACAUUAGUAUGUGGUAUAUUCUGUAGAGUAUUACUGUAUAGUAUGAGAUUGGGACACGGCUUAAGUUUCAUCAGUGAAUAGAAUAUUUAGUGAUUUAAAAACAUUUUUAACAGAUGACUGCAGCAAAGAUAAAAUAUUUUUAUCUUAUUUUUUAUAUCAUUAUACAAGAACACAUUAGAUAGAUAGAUAGAUCAUAAAAAUAGUUGCCAGUUAUCGUUUUAAUUGACUAAUCGCAUCAACCCUACCUGGGAUGGUUUGUGAUUGAGAACAUCUUUAAAUUCAUCCUUUUAUUGAAUUUUUUAAAAAUUUGUUUGAAUCUCGAGGAUUCUAGUAUUUUGGUGCAUGUAGAGACCAGGGAACCUUUGCAACUGGUUUCAAAGCUUCGACCCUCUGGUGGCAGUUUAGGAAUGUGACCAGGCCCGAAAUAUUUUAGCAUUAACUCAACUCCGAAGACUUCAUACACCUCUGCAAUCAAACUCUCCGUGGGAUCUUCUGUAAACUAUGCAAAAAACCAUUUGCUGUUUUGUCUCGAUGUUCUGGUUGUCUUUAUGUCUGCGAUCUCUUUGUGAUAGAUACCUAACUGUCCGUGUCGGUGUUAAGUACAAACAAACAAAAAUACUUUUAAAAAAUUAUCUGUUGAACUGGAGAAAGACUUUUUUUUCUUUGUACAUUAUUUCUGUUGUUUGGAUUUUUUUAAAGACUUUUAAGAAAUAUGUAUAUCAUUGUUUUAUAUUUGUAACUAACACAACGGAAGAUAUUUGUUUGGGUUUUUUUUGUGUGUGUGUGAUUGUGUGUGUGUGUGUGUGUAUACCAAUUCAUACUUAUUUCCUUCGAAACCUAAAAUGUGUUGAUAAGACUGAGAAACUCGAGCCAGACUUGAGUCAAUCAGUUCUGAAAACCUUUUUACUUGAGUACCAGAUGAGUGUGGCGUAUACCUCAUUUCACACGUUUAGACAAUCACGGACACAAAUUUAAUAGUUCGAUUUUUUUAAAGAUAUGGCGCUAUACAAAUAAAAUUGAAUUGAAUUGAAUUAAAGAACCAGUGUGAAGAUUUUAUUUGAAUCUAGCCGGGUUGUUUUUUUCUACAGGAACCCAGAAUGGAUAAACCGACCACUGGCUCUAGAGAGAGGGCCUUUUGCAUUUUGUGUGUUUGCUACUAUUAUGGGCCGGAAUACACUCUGAUGUGGCUGUGGCCCCGAACACGUUCCACUUAUACAGUUCGUGUGAUAUGAAUGAUUGAAGAGGUUAAAAGAAAAAGAGGUUUGUCAUGGUUACCACCCGCAUCUGUCGUUGAAUAAAAUCCAUUCGUGUAAAUUAUUAAUAAAGUUGGGCAAGAGCCUCUGUUUGA